CCUGUCCCACCUCGCUCGGUUGAUUGAAUAAUACCUAGCUUCAUUGACCACUUCAUUAAACUAAGAGAUAGGUCCGUGUUUUCUGGGCUGAGCCCUGGGACGGCUGGAUCGCGGGAUCGCGUUAUUCGCCUCGGGAUCAUGGCCGAUGAUGAUAAAAGUCUGUCCCAAACCCGUGACUUGUUGAGCCGAUUGGAUGCGUCCGUUUUACGGGACUGUUGCCCGCCGCUCGUUGCGCUCGACUCGGUCGAGGCCCGGCUCAUUGGCCGUCUGCUACACGCCUUCAUCGCCGCCACCCGCGACGAUCCCGGUGCUGGCCCCGCCUCCGCCUCCGCCUCGUCCUGGAUUGGCUCCUACCCGGCAUUGGGGGCCUUGCAUGAUCGGAUCUGGGAGAAAUUAAACACGGGCCAUUGGUCCGCCGUGGCGUUGACCUGGCGGCAAUUCUACGCUUUAGUCUCGUUGCUGAAGCUCAAAUAUCUCUUGGCUUUAACCACCCGUUGUGCGGCCGAUGAGCGUUGGGCCGUGUGGCCGGAUUUGAUCAAGAUCUGCGACAUGGGUUCACUCAUGGGUUACCCAUUGGCCGACCAUCUCUUGAAUCGCCUAGCCGCUCAACUUGCCCGCAUGUUGUGGCAUGGGCCACCCGCGUCAAAGCGGGCGCUACACACCAACUUCACGCCCUUGGCCAGUCGAAAAAUUCGGGCCCAAGGUCGGGCUCAGGCUCUUCCCGUCAAACAGGACCUUUCAAUCCUGACCUUUGUCAGUCAAUACCGAAUUCCGGCUCGAUCAGUCCUCUUGGUGGGAGCCAUGGCCGAUUGGCCGGCUAUGACACCCGGACCUCAUCAAUGGACCCUGGCGUAUCUCCGUCGGGUGGCCGGCUAUCGGACCGUGCCCGUCGAAUUAGGGUCCAAGUACACCGACCCCGAUUGGACCCAGACCUUGAUGACGGUCAAUCAAUUUCUGGAUGAGUAUGUACUCACGCCUAAACCGCCCCAGCCACGAGGCUAUUUGGCUCAACAUCCAUUGUUGGAACAGAUUCCGGAACUUAGCGCGGACAUUCUCAUUCCGGAUUAUUGUUAUACCGGUGAGAAUGAGGACGCCGAUGGAGUGGACAUCAAUGUAUGGUUUGGACCGCGCGAUACGAUAUCGCCCCUCCACACGGAUCCCAAGCAUAAUAUGUUGUGUCAAGUGAUGGGCCGAAAAUACAUCCGUAUUUACCACGCCGACCAAACCCCUCGUCUAUAUCCUCAUGCCGAUUUUUUACUGUCCAACACUAGUCGGAUUGACCUGGAGCGGCCUGAUUUUGAUUCAUUUCCGUUAUUCAAAGAAGCGGAAGGUUUUGAAUGCGUCCUGGAACCGGGUGACAUGGUGUACAUUCCACCUGGGUGUUGGCACUUUGUCCAAUCUCUCUCCACGCCGAGUUUAUCUCUCAGCUUUUGGUUCAAUUAG